UGGACCAGUCCGGCUUCAUCGCAGCGUCGCAUUCGAUCGAUCGAUUUGGGGACCCUCCUAUCGUGCAACUCGCCGCCGCAGUCUGUUGAUCACUAUCCGUUCUCGCUCGCACUUGCCUGCUGCAUAUCGACCUCGCUCGUCUCUCUCCGAUCAAAGCACGCCUUGCACUUGACAGCCCCGCCAACAUGCGAUCCGUCCUGCUUGCCUUCUUCAUCGCCGCCUUCUCCACGGCCGUUUACGCUCUGCCCACCGGCGCCCCUCGCUGUGGAAUCAAUGCCACUGCCAUCGCCAACGGCCAUAACUUCCAGCCGCAAGACUUUGGCUUCCGGCUAAAUGUCUCUCCCCAGAACGCCGGCGACAUGAGCAUCACCAUCACCAUCAGCAACGUCCAGAACAGCAGCAUGAACUUCCAGGGCAUCCUGCUGUACGUCGCCGGCGCCAACCUGACCCACCACCUCGGCCACUUUACCCAGUUUGAUCAGACCAACUUCCACGCCCAGACCGAGAUCUGCAAGAACCUGGGCUUUGUUGGCGACGAUGCCUCGACCCUGACCCACUCCAACCCGCAGCCCAAGAUCCUCGGCUCGACCCAGUUUGUGUGGACGCCGCUGCCCACGGAUUCUUCCGAGCCCGGACCGUACAUGGUCUAUGCUGCCGUCGCCGGCACCGGUAACACCCCGGCCCAAACCCCGAUCCCCUGGCAGGUUGUCGACCCCGUUGCUGUGAACUUUGUCGCCUCGGCCAACAUGCUCUCCAACUCCAACAACAACAACAUGUCCGGAGGCAACAAGCGCUACCGCUGCAAACCCAAGUCCUCGUCUUACUGAGUUCUCGGUGCUGCCGAUGACAUUCUUGCACUCUGCCUUUCUUUCACUUCUCGGGGUCUGAGACCACCGCCACCGUCAUUCUCUUUCCUUCCUUUCCACUCCAUUUUGGCAAGCCAAACUGUAAUAAACACCUUUUUUGCUGCUGUCG